AUGGAUGUAAAACGAGCUCAGGGUAUCGGAGAAACGAAGCAAGAAGAAGAAGAGCAAGAGCAACAUUUUCAUGUUUUAGCAGUAGAUGAUAGUCUUAUUGACAGAAAGCUCUUGGAGAGGCUUCUCACAGUUUCCUCAUACCAAGUUACUUGUGUGGAUUCUGGAAACAAGGCUUUGGAGUUCCUGGGUUUGGUUGAUUCUUCAACAAGUAAUUCCACUGCUAGUGUCUCUUCUCCUCCUUGUUCUUGCCCUCCUUCCUCAUCCCAAUCAUCCCAACAAGAGGUGCAGGGAUCAAAAGUCAAUUUAAUAAUCACAGAUUAUAGCAUGCCAGGGAUGAGCGGCUAUGAUUUGCUGAGAAGAGUCAAGGGAUCCUCCUGGAAAGACAUUCCAGUUGUGGUUAUGUCAUCAGAGAAUGUGCCUGCCCGAAUCAACAUGUGCUUGGAAGGAGGGGCCGAGGAGUUCCUGCUGAAGCCGGUGCAGUUGUCGGACUUGAAGAAGCUCCAGUCUCAUCUCCUCAAGCCUGAUCUCAAGCUCACCCAUCAAUGCCGGCAGGAAGACGAAGAAGACGGCCUUCAUAUCAACCAUGAAACUCCUGACUGCAACAAUACUGCUAAUAAAAGGAAGGCAGAAACUCCUGACUGCUGCGACGACAGAUCAAGACUUAAAAUUAAAGAAUUGACAGUUGUUUAA